AUGAUUGCCAAGGACCUACAGCCAAUAUCAAUUGUAGAGGACAGAGGAUUUAACGCAUUUGUUAAGACUCUUGAUCCACACUACAGAAUCCCAAGCCGUAAACGUAUGAUGGAAGGCACAAUUACAGACUUGUACAACAGCUGUAAAGACAACGUAAAGGCAGCUCUGCAACAUGCACAAAGUGUGGUUCUCCCAACAGAUAUGUGGACUUCGAGGACCACAGAAGCAUAUUUGACUGUAUCUUGUCAUUUCAUUGACAACUGGCAAAUGCAAGAGUUUGUUCUGGAAACUCGUUGUUUCCCUGGUCAGCACGCAGCAGACAUUAUCAGUCUAGAGCUGAAAAGAAUAACAGAUGAGUGGGCCAUAACUCAGAAGGUGAUAGCUGUUGUUACUGACAACGGUGCUAAUAUGGUUUCUGCAGUUCACAAGGCUGGGUGGAAGCACUACCCUUGCAUUGCUCACACCUUAAACCUAGUGAUAAAAGAUGGCAUAAAAGCAGUACCUGAAGUUGUUCAGCUCUUGACAAAAUGCAGUAGCAUAGUCUCCUUUUUCCACCAUAGUGCAAAAGCUACAGAGAAGCUGAAGCAGAUCCAAAAACAACUGAAGGGUGCAGAGCAUAAAUUAAUCCAAUCAGUGGAAACAAGGUGGAAUUCAGUUUUCUACAUGUUGGAGAGGUUGCACAAACAGAGGGAAGCGGUGACCACAGCCCUUUGUCUACUUGGGAAGAGCUCCCUGUGCUUAAAUGAUGAAGAGUUCUCCAUGAUCCACCUAACUGCUAAGGCCUUGAGACCCUAUGAAGAGGUGACAAGAGAGGUCUCACCAGAAGAAUAUGUCUCGGUGUCAAAAGUAAUCCCCCUUGUGUCACUACUUCACAGAGCAGCUGCAGCCACUGAGCAUCAAGGUAGCUCUCUGUCAGCAGAGUUGGGACUGCAAAUUCAAUGCAGAUUCCAUGGGAUUGAAACCUGCUACAGUCUUGCUGCAAGCACUUUCCUGGAUAUCAGGUUUAAAAACCUAGUAUUCCGUGACAAAGACAAUGUUGAAAAACAUGUCCUCCUCACUGAAAUGCAGGAAACUUAUCACCUAACCUCUGAGUCGUCUUCUGCAGGCCCACCGGCAGCUGCCUCAUCACCUGGGCCAAGCUCUGCCUCACUAGGGAGUCCUGCACCUACUUCCAGCUCUGCCCAAGUGAAAAAAGGGAUAUGGGCUGAUUUUGACUCUCAAGUUUUGGCAGCCCAACAGCACCGCACAACAGGUACUGAUGCACUUAUUGAAAUGCGUCGCUACAUGGAGGAAAAGCCAGUUCCAAGGGACCAGGACCCAUUACUUUGGUGGAAAAGCCACGAGCAAGCCUUCUCGUCCUUAAGCAGACUUGCAGCCAAGUACCUCGGAAUCACUGCUUCAUCUGUACCCUCAGAGAGGAUAUUUUCCAAGGCAGGAGAGUUAGUGAGCCAGAGAAGAAACCGACUGACGGGGGAUCAUGUCAACAUUCUGUUGUUUCUAAACAAAAACAUAUAA